ACCUCUAAUCAGUCCCUUUUCAACGCUCGGCACACGCGUUUCGUUCUUUCUAGCAGCAAAAUGAACCAAGGCGACCGAAUCAACGACCUUCCAACCGAAAUGCUGUGCAAGAUCUUUGACUACCUGAGCUUCGAGCAGCAAAUGAUGGCGACUGCGGUUUGUCACAGGUGGCGCAAAAUUUUGUCCAGCGAUUGGUACAUCCCGAGGCGCCGGUUAUGUUUGUGUACGUGCAACCUCAAUGGGGACAGUUCCCUGCUGGAGAGGAUGAAGCGGUAUCGAGCGUUCACGAUCAAGGAUUCCAACAAGGACGAGGUGGAAUUUUUGGAACCAUUGCGGAGAUUUCUGUUUUGCUCGGAGGUGGCCGCAAAAAUAGAGGACCUACGAUUGGAGCUGUUCUCGUACUCGCUGUCGGAUCUGUUGGGCGGAAAAGAUGAAUUGCAUCUGCCAAAGCUGGAGCGAAUCAGCUAUUUGUCGUCGAUUUGGGUCGAAGAGGACGAUUCGGUGCAGUGUAACGUGAUUGCUCCCAAAUUGAAAACGGUGAUAUUGGAAGAUUCUAAGCAAUCCGGUAAUCCAUUGAUACGUUCGUGGAAUGAUCAGAUUGAGUCGUUGAGCGUGAGGUUCAUCAACAAGAUGCUGCUGUUUACCACAAUCGGGAAUCUGUCUUUCAAGAACCUUACCAGUUUGACGCUGUUAUCACAACAAGGCUGUUUGCUGUUCCGAGAAACCGACUUUCAUGCAUCCCAUCUUGACAUUUUUAGACGUUUAACGUAUUUGAAAAUCAGUGAUGAGAAGAACGUGUUCUACUGGAUUUACAAACUUAUCUUUCGCGAGGCGAAGAACUUGGAAACUUUGAUCAUCAACGGGCGGAAAAUGAAUGAAGAAGCGUUCAAUCUGAUAAAUCGGUUGAAAAAGCUAAAAGAUCUAUGUCUAAUGGUGGAAAUUCAAAGAUCUCAACCUGUUGUGAGACUGUCUUUGCCUCUGCUAGCAAGCUUAAUUACUUACGCAGGAUCACUUGUACCGCUGGGAAGUGUACCCAGUCUGAGGAGUAUAUCCGUUCGGAAUUACAAGCAACCCUGGCAACCGUACAGACUCUCCGAAGAGGCAAUCCAUUGCGCCAUAUUUGUUCCACACAUUCAUACUCUGAAACUGAGCAAAUUAGUUUUAGAUUCGGUGUUCGCCAGAAAUAUUUGCGCGAUAACGGGUUUGAGAGCACUGGAGUUGAUGCAAGUCAGAAUGGAGACGAAACAUCUACUAAAAAUGUUCAGCUUAUUAAAACAAAUGAGACGGGUUCGGCUGGAGUGGUGCUUUUUGAGUGAGAUCAUCACUGCUUAUGAAACUUAUAGUACAGACAGCAGCUCAACGGAUAAUGAUGAUGAUCUUAGCGACAAUGAUGAUGAACGCAAGAAAAAAAAUAAGGGGGUCGCAAAAUUAGAUUGUUUACAGUUGUUGAAGGUGCAGUAUCCUGCAUGUAGGAUAACCAGUGUUCACAAUAGAGAAGUGAGGCACUUGGUGCGGAAGCAGUCGAUACACCAGACAUUUGUGCUACCACAGUACUGGAGACCAUUUUAGAAUUAGGAAUGAGUUGGAAUUUUUGUUAUUAGAUCUCAUUGAGGGAAAUAUUCUCAUAUUUUAGUUAGAUUGCGACGUUCUUGAAUAAUAGCGUCUGAGCUAGUUGCCUUCUAUUCUUGCAAUAAUAUAUUUAGUUUUCUAUCAAACAAGUACAAAAAUAAGCAAUAAGAAGCUAAGAGAUAAGACUUUCAGGGUUGUUAUAGCGAUCCUUAGAUAUUUUGCGCGCGAAGUCCGCGGUUACCAAAACUAAAUUCGUGCCAUUUCUGCGUGGCCUGAUUUUCAAUCCGCGCGAACAGAACUUAAUUGUCGGGCGAAAUGUAAAUUUUGUUUCACUAUUUUCUGAAUAUUUUCACUUGAAGUGCCUCAUAUGAUAACAAUAAAUCAGAUAUAAAUACCAUUCCCAACUACCACUCUAUGCACACUUGUACCAAAUUAAAAUUUAAACAAAACAAAAUGCGAUUAGUUCGACCAUUUUUAAGGGAACAUACAUAACAUCUGG